AUGAAGUCGAAAGUGGCAACCGGUUCUGAUGACAUAUUUGCUGAUAACGGACGGACUCCAGACGUUUGGCAAACUUCCGUGACCGUGCCUGUCUGGAAAGGGAAAGGAGACGUUGCUGACUGCGCUUCGUACAGACCUAUACGACUGCUGUGCCAUACGAUGAUGAAGGUUUUUGGGCGUGUCCUGGAAGCUCGUCUGAGGAAGAUUGUCAGCGUUUCACUCAACCAGUGCGGCUUUGCGAAGGACUGCAGCACUAUAGAUGCUAUCCAUGCUGUCCGUAUCCUCCUGGAGAAACAUCGAGAGAAGAACCGCAGUGUGCACCUUGCUUUUCUCGGUCUCGAGGAAGCUUUCGACCGUGUCCCAAAUGAGCUCUAG